AUGGCAUCGUCUUCGCCGGCCUUGCAGAGGCCACGAGUGCGCCUCCCGCUUCUUCCGCGCGCCUUUUGGCUACGACAGUGUCCCCGUGUGUCUGCUCUCCCGCCGCAGCCCCUCAAGACUCCAGAGCGUUUGUUGGCAUACCCGGCAGGGCUGGCGUUACGCUGCCCGACCGGGUAUCGUUUUAAGACAUGCAAGAUCUACAGAGCGACGGCUCCUCGGGUGCUUGCAGGCAGCUCCCGGGUCCGGAAACAUGUACUACGGCCACUGAGCCUAAUGCGAGCGCCCUCCCAGACGUGGGAUGGGCACGAGACAAUGCAAACGCUGAUGCUGGGCCCGGCUGGGCGGCAAGCAUGCUGCCCGACCGAGUCCAGCCCGGACUACUUCAGAGCAUCGGCUCCCCGGGUGCCAACAGGCUGUACCCGGGUUCUACGACGUGUGAGACGGCUCCCCCCCGCCCUCCCACCAGCUCCCACGGCCCCGUCGCCGCCCAGAGCCCCGCGGAUGUUGCUGCUCGACCCGGCAGGGCGGCAGAAAUGCUGCCCGACCGGGUUUAUAAUGGGUCAGCGCUUUCAGCCGCAACGGCCCGCGCCGUGGGGUGCCUCCCAUGGCCCCAGCGACCCCGAGGACAGCGACAGCAACGACGGAAUGGCGUCUGACGACACCGACGCCUCUUCGUUGGACAACGACGCUGCCACCGCCCACCCAAGUGAUGACGACCGGAUCGGCCAGGUAGCUACGGAGCUGCCUGCCCGAGCUGGCUACACUGCAGUGGCCACGGCCGCUCCCGUGUGUAACGGGGCACCCUGA